ACAAAACCUUGAUAUCCACAUGAGGAUUCACACUGGAGAGAAACCUUACACAUGCACAGAGUGUGGUAAAAGUUUCACAUAUAAAAGCUCACUCAAUAACCACAUGAGAACUCACACCGGAGAGAACCCGUUUGCCUGCACUCAGUGUGGGAAGAGUUUCACCCAAUCAUCAUCCCUUAAUCAACACACGAGGAUCCACACUGGAGAGAAACCAUUCACAUGCACUCAGUGUGGGAAGAGAUUCAGCAGAUCAUGGCACCUUAAUCAACACACGAGGAUCCACACUGGAGAGAAACCAUUCACAUGCACUCAGUGUGGGAAGAGUUUCAGCAGAUCAUGGCACCUUAAUCAACACAUGAUGAUCCACACUGGUGAGAAACCAUUCACAUGCAUUCAGUGUGGGAAGAGUUUCAGCCUAUCAUCGUGCCUUAAUCUACACUUGAGGAUCCACACUGGAGAGAAACCAUUCACAUGCACUCAGUGUAGGAAGAGUUUCAGCCAAUCAUCAAACCUUAAUAAACACAUGAAGACCCACACUGGUGUGAAACCAUUUACAUGCACUCAGUGUGGGAAGAGUUUCAGCCAAUCAUCAGACCUUAAACAACACAUGAUGAUCCACACUGGAGAGAAACCAUUUACAUGCACUCAGUGUGGGAAGAGUUUCAGCCGCUCAUCACACCUAAAUGAACACACAAUGAUCCACAUCAGAGAGAAACCAUUCACAUGCACUCAGUGUGGGAAGCGUUUCAGCCUAUCAUCAUCCCUUAAUCUACACACGAGGAUUCACACUGGAGAGAAACCAUUCACAUGCAGUCAGUGUAGGAAGAGUUUCAGCCAAUCAUCAAACCUUAAAAAACACAUGAGGAUCCACACUGGAGAGAAACCAUUUAGAUGCACUCAGUGUGGGAAGAGUUUCAGCCAAUCAUCACACCUUAAUAAACACAUGAGGUUCCACACUGGAGAGAAACCAUUCACAUGCCCUCAGUGUGGGAAGAGUUUUUAUUGCUCAUCACACCUUAAUCAACACAUGAGGAUCCACACUGGAGAGAAACCAUUCACAUGCCCUCAGUGUGGGAAAAGUUUCAGCCAAUCAUCACACCUUAAUCCACACAUGAUGAUCCACACUGGAGAGAAACCAUUCACAUGCACUGAGUGUGGAAAGAGUUUCAGCCGAUCAUCAUCCCUUAAUAAACACAUGAGGAUCCACACUGGAGAGAAACCAUUCACUUGCACUCAGUGUGGGAAGAGUUUCAGCCAAUCAUCAUCCCUUAAUCUACACAUGAUGAGCCACACUAGAGUAAAAACCAUUCACCUGCACUUAAACUGCAGUCACACUGGACUUUUCUCCCCAUAGACUUCCAUUCAUACGCACGCAAAUGUGUCAGACCGGAAAAUCAAGUUCGUGCGUCAAGUUUUGCAGUUCACUGCUUUGCAAAGUUCAAGCUUGGUGAACUCUGACCUGCAAAAUCGUAUCACUUAACUGUGUGAGACCAAUCGUAGAUCAAAACAUGACCUCUCUUGACAGAAGUUUAAAAUAUUGACCAAUCACUCACUUUUUAAUGUCUAAUCAUUUUGUUUAGUCCUGCCCCUUUUUGCAGCGCUGUACAACAGAAUUUUGCAUGCUCAAACUCUAGUGUGACCACAGCUACAAUGUGGGAUGAGUUUCAGCAACUACUCAUACCUUAAUAAACACAUAAAGACCUACACUGGAGAGAAACCAUUUACCAGAAAUGGGGGACUCGAGUCAGAUGACUUGACUUGAGUCAGACUUAAGUCACAAAAUUUAGGACUUGAGACUUACUUGAUAAAUAUCCAAUAAAGACUCGACUUGACUUGGACUUGGCUGUCAUGACUCGAGACUUGACUUUGACUUGAGUUAAAUGACAAGUUAAAGUUAAAUGUUUUUGUUAAAUACACAACCGUUUGUUAUAUAUUAUGCGUUUAAAAACAAAGCAAAACCGAAAGUUCUAAGUCACACAUGCGCAGUAUUAACUGGAUCUGGACUGAAUCGUUUGGUUCAGAAGAACCGCUUUAAAUUAUUCAUUUGAUCGAUUCAUUUGCUAUUCAGCCAUCAGAUACGAUGAAAAAUGGAAGGCGCUUCACCAAAGAUAAAAGCCUAUUUUACGGGUUUAAAGAUUACAAACAAAACGGCUAAUCAAAGUUUAUACUAUUUAGUCUGACUCAGUGCUUGCCACACUUCGGCCUUGCCUAUUUUGUCAUGUGCGCGCCGUGCCAGUGCUCUGAGCCGUGCAUCCGAUGUGUGACGCGCUUAAGAAGCAUAAAGGGGUGCAUUAAAGACACAUGAGUAAGCGUUGUGUCACAGUCACACCAUCUCUAAAUGUUUAAUUCUAAACAGCUUUGAGGAGUACGGAUGUCAGUUGUUUGUUAUUGUAGCUUAGAAGGCAAAGCGAGCACUGCGGCGCAUGCAGUGAGCGGCUCACUUCAUCAACACUCAUGAUCGCAUUCAUCUAAUUUGCUUAAACUAAGUAUUCUACAGUAUGGCUAUAUUUUACAAGCAAGGAUUCUGACACACCAACAUGCAGCAGAUGUUACAAAAGUUGCGUGUAAGGGAGAAACACAUCAAACUUAUCAAAUGUGUAGGCUCAUUGAAUAACCUCAAAGGUGAGGAAUGGACUGUCUUUGACAGCUUGUGACAUCAUCUGGCACAUUAUCUGAGUACGUUUACAUGGACACUAAUAUUCUGAUUUUAUUAUGAUUAAGACACAACUCUGAUCAAGAGUCUACCAUGUAAACAGUGAUUUUUUAACAUCUUAAAGGACCGCAGACACAAACUGCGGAGGAAACAUUUAUAGGCUGGUGACACAAUGACGUUGAUGGAUGUAUGUGCUAUAACAUGUAACUGGGAAUCAUGAAUGUAACAUUCAAAAAGCAAUUCAUGUAAACACCUGAAUCAUAUUAUUGUCUUAUUCAGAAUAAGGCAAAUCUUUAGAUCAUUGAUGUCCAUGUAAAAGUAGUCAGAAGUCCCAAACCCAGAAAAAAAUGUGCUUCUGAUUUUGAUUACAGCCUUUCCACAGUUUAGUAGUAAGCUAAUGUAAUGUUUACAGCAUAAUGCAAAUCUUGCAUUUAUGCUAAUAAACAAAUUAUCAAAAGAAAUAUAUUAAUGCAAUUCAAAUAU